AUGACUUCCAGCAUCGCCCCAGAGGCCAGCCAACCUCUCCCUGCGCGGUCCACCGUGGCCCAGAGGAAACAAGCCAACGAACUGAGAAAGACGCUCAAACCGUUGCUCGAAAAGAAAAGGCGCGCCCGAAUCAACGACAGCCUCGGCAGUCUGAAGACCCUCAUCCUGCCGCUGGUUGGAAAGGACAACGCGCGCUACUCCAAACUGGAGAAAGCCGACAUCCUCGAGAUGACCGUUCGUUUCCUCAGAGAGCUCCCCUCCAGCCCUGUCAAAAAUUCCUCUGACAGCUACAAAGAAGGCUACAAAGCGUGCCUGGACCGCGUGUCCGCUCUGCUGCCCCAAACCAGCAUGGACCAAGGCGCGUGCCAGCGCGUCAACCAGUUCAUCCAGCAGUCCUCCUCUGCCCCCAUCACCCCGACCUGCAGGAACUGCUGCGCCCAGAGCUCCAUGGCUCUCCCACAGAUCCAACAGAGACUCAUGAACCUCAAAUCCAGCUUGGGCCACCGCGCUGGGCUCCAGUCCCCGAACCACAACAACCACGCCAACAACGGCGUGGCUCCCAACAGAGCCCCGCCGGCCCAACAGGCAGCCAGCCCCGACAUGUGGAGGCCCUGGUAG